AUGAUACCCCCUCUCAACCCUACAGUAAGUAAUCAUACAAUAACUAAUCACGAAAACAUACCCUCUGUAUACCUAUCUGCUAUUACAAUAGUCUUACACGUCAAAUCUACCUUCAACCAAUCCCAAUCACCCCAAGCCGCACACACACGCUCGCGCAUAUCGCAGCCUUCGGGUAUCUCUCGGCCCACCAACGCUUUCUAA